AUCCAUCGGUUGCGGGCCGGCUGUUGUCUCUCAGCUCAGACUCAGUCAUGAGAAAAAAUGACUUGAGGAAAACUUAACAUCGAUUCAUUCAUCACAUAUUAUUUGUCCAUCACUGGUAUUCUCUAUGUUAAUUAUUGAGGAUGGGGUUGACUAAACAAUACCUACGCUUUAUACAGAGUGCUGUAUUUGGAGUCGUUGGAACAACCAAAGCCAAUGUAGUGUUCACCAAAGAUCAUCAGUUUGUUGCAGUAUCUGCUGUAGAACAUGUUAUCAUCUGGAGCUUAAAGAAAGCGGAGAAGGUACUAUUACUUGAAGGCAGUAAACAUGAGGUCACUUGUCUUGCUCAGACUGAUGCUCGUCCAAUCAUUGCUGUUGGUUAUUCAGAUGGAUCUAUUAAGCUCUUUGAUAGUAAUAAUGGAGAUGUGAUUGUUACAUUUAAUGGUCAUAAGACAGCUGUAUCUACAAUGCAUUUUGAUGAACAUGCUCUUCGUCUUGCUUCUGGCUCAAAGGACACUGAUGUAAUAAUAUGGGAUGUCGUUAAUGAGAGUGGUCUGUAUAGAUUAAAAGGUCAUCGUGGUAUGGUGACCAGGGUUAACUUCAUGGCACAUCACAAUAUUGUCAUCUCAAGUUCCAAGGAUACAUUUGUAAAGUUCUGGGAUUUAGACACACAGCAUUGCUUCAAGACACUGGUUGGACAUAGAAGUGAGGUAUGGGACUUUGCUCUGCUACCUGACGAUAAAGGACUAGUGACUGGAACAUCAGGGAGCGAUCUUCAAGUAUGGGAAAUCACCUUCCAAGAUGAGCUAGAAGGUGAUGAUGGAGAGAACAAAGGACCAUCUCCUGCCAAAAGACCAAGAAGGACAAUGAAUGAAGAUGAUGAUGAGGAGGAUGAGGAGGAUGAGGAUGAUGAAGAAGGUGAUGAUAAUAGUAUCUUAACCUGUGUCAAAGCUGGAACCAUCCUAAGGAAGGGAAGUGAUAGAGUAGUAUCUUUACACAUUGAUUCUACAGGAAGAAUACUGGGAUGCCAUGGUCCAAGCCCCAAUCUUGAGCUUUUCAAAGUUUGUAAUGCUCAGGAGCAGAAGAAGAAACUACUCAAGAAGCAGAAGAGAGAAAGAAAACGAUCAAGAGGUGAAGAUGGUGAUGAAGUAGAUGUAUCUAACAUCAAGCUAACAGCGGAAGAUAAGAUUCAACCUCUUACAAAUAUCAAAGCUUCGGCAAAACUCAGAUCCUUCCAUUCUUACAUGGAUAGGAAUGGAGAAGUGAGACUGGUAACCCUUUUACAGAACAACACCCUAGAAGCAUACAAGGUAGAUCUUACAGCUGAUAAACCUGUUGGGAAUAAAGAAUAUGUUAUCAGUCUUGCUGGUCAUCGUCAUGAUGUCAGGACACUAUCAAUUAGCUCUGAUAAUACAGCUUUGCUUUCUGCAGGAGGGAAUGCUGUCAAGAUAUGGAACAGAUCCACUCAGCAGUGUAUUCGAACCAUGAAGUGUGGUCAUGCAUUAUCAUCUAUCUUUGCUCCAGGAAACAGGCAUUGCAUUGUGGGUAAUAAGGCAGGUCAACUAGAAAUGUUUGAUAUUGCGUCUGGUUCAUUGAUGGAAUCUUUUGAGGCACACGAGGGAGCUGUUUGGUCUAUCUGUUUAUCACCAGAUAAGAGGGGCUUUGUGACAGGAAGUGCUGAUAAGACUUUGAAGUUUUGGGAAUUUGAACUUGUAAGCUCAGAGAAUGAUGAAGGCAGAACUAUACGUGAAUUGAGCAUCAUUCACACCAGGACAUUGAAGAUGUCUGAUGAUGUGUUAUGUGUGAAGUACUCCCCAGAUGGUAGACUAGUAGCAGCAUCACUCUUAGAUAGCACUGUUAAAGUAUUCUUUGCUGACACACUCAAGUUCUUUCUGUCUCUGUAUGGACAUAAACUACCAGUACUCAACAUGGAUAUCUCUUCAGAUAGUACAUUGUUGGUAACUGGGUCAGCAGAUCGGAAUGUGAAGCUAUGGGGUUUAGACUUUGGUGAUUGUCAUAAGUCUAUGUUUGCUCAUGAUGAUAGUGUAAUGUGUAUAGGGUUUCUACAUGAUACUCAUCUGUUUUUCACUGGAGGGAAAGAUGGAAAGAUUAAACAAUGGGAUGGAGAUCACUUUCAACAGAUAACUACAUUAGAGGGUCAUCAUGGGGAGGUUUGGUGUAUGGCUAUCAGUCCUGAUGGUAGCUUUAUGGUGAGUGCAUCACAUGACAAAUCUCUGAGGAUAUGGGAGAAGACUGAGGAGCCUUUGGUAUUAGAAGAAGAACAGGAAAUGGAAAGAGAGAGAAAAUAUGAAGAGAGUCUCAAUAAGGAAGAACAACCGAUCGCAGGUGAACCUACAGGGGGAGAGGUGUCCUUGCCUGAGAAGAGAACAGCAGAGACAUUGAAAGGAGCAGAGAGAUUGAUGGAAGCUCUUAAUCUUUACCAGGAAGAAACAGCUAAGAUGGAAGAUUAUAAAGACAGGUGUAAGGCUGCAGGAAAAGAGCUUCCACCACCAGACCAGCAUCCUAUUCUCAUGGCGUAUGGAAACCUUACACCUCUCAGAUAUGUAGGAGAUGUUAUAAAGAAGACUAAAUCAAGUGAACUAGAAGAGAGCUUAUUAUUAUUACCUCUAGACUAUGUGCUUCAGCUAUUACCUCUGUUAGAGACUCUCAUUCAAGAAUCAAGAGAAGUGGAGCUUGCUUGUAGAUGUCUUCUCUUCCUUCUCAGGAUCCAUCACGGUCAGAUAACAUCUAAUCAGAAAUUGCUUCCUAUGGUUGACAGACUGAGGAAGACAACAUUAACAAAGGCUAAUAAACUAAGGGACACCAUAGGAUUCAAUUUAGCCGGUCUUCAUUUCUUGAAGGAUAAGCUAGAAGCUGAGAAUGAAGUUCAACUCUUUGCUGAUGCUACUGCUAAUUACCAGACGAAGAAGAAGAAACAAAAGAAGAGAGCAGAAAGAGCAAUUAUUAAAUUAUGAUGACAUGAACUUUACCUCGUAGUUUUUAAAGGUAAUGAAAAUGAAGAUUUCAGCGGUAGUUAGAGAUAUCCUUUCAAAUGGUAAAUUGCUGAUUGGUCUAAUUGCCUUCAUGUACUUUCUGUUUAGACUUGUCUAUCAUGGUCUCAUCCUAGUUUGUAUACAUCUAGCUUGUUUACAAACCAUAUGACUAUUUGGGCUAAUUGACAUUUAGUUUAUUCUGCCCCUGGGUCUUACCAUGUCAUGUUCCCAUCUGAAUAUCCCCAUUAUGUCUUAUAUUCACUUGGUCUUACACCACUGGGUGUAUAUGGUAAGCUGAACAAAAUUUCAUUUAACAAAGUAAUAGUAGACAAUAGUCAAAAUUAGACCAAGUGGGUAUUCAGGAGAAAGAUAAAAAGGAUAAGUUAGUAUUAGACAUUGGACCUGUCUUACAAGAGUUGCGAUUGAUCUGAUCAAUCUCAACUAUGGAAAGCCAACAUCUAAAAUGCAUGUUUGAUCAAGAUGUUUUCUAGAUAUGACGAAUGUUAAAUAAAUUCAUUUUUUUCUUGAAAAUUUUGUGUGUUCACCUUUAAUUUUGCAAAUUUCAUGUAGAAAAAAUUAUGCCUCUGAUGGAUUUCCAUAGAUUGACAAUUGAUUGAAUCAAAUUUUGUAACUCUUUGUUAGACAGGGCUCAAGUGAAGAAUAGACUGAACAACAAGAAGACCAAAUUGAUAGUAGGGUUAAGCCUAUGUGGUGUAUGUAUUAGACAUAAACCAAGUGAAUAUACUGUACAUGUAUGUUGCCCAUCCGCUCAGAAAAUACCUUAAAAUGUCACCACAAUUUUAAGGAUUUUUCAUAAUUUUUAGUAAUUAGGGAUGUAUUCCCUUUUUCUUUUUAAAGCCUAUCUUUAAUUACGAAGUCCCCAAAAGUGCAUGUCACUGUUCCAGUUUAUUACUUAUAAUAUAUGAAUGUGUAAAAUGAUAAUGAUGAGAAGGAUAUGAAAGGAAAAUGUUUCAUUGGAUAAAUUUACAGAUUUUACAUCACAUUUUUUUUAUCUGGUGCCCAAUCGAAAGAAAGUAUUUGCAUGUUUAUGGUCUUGUUUAUAUAAAACCAUUCUCAACCAUGGAAUUGGCUGAAAAUUUGUAAAGUAAGAGCUCAAACUUCUAUUUUGAAUAAGAAUUAAAAUAUUACCAAGAGAGUGCACUAGAUGCCAAAUUUAAAUCAUUACAGCUGAAAAAGGGUCGAAUUUGAAGUUCAAUAGUUGAACGAAAAAUGACCACUACACUUUUGGAAUAUUCUAAUGAUAGUUAAUACUCGAGUAUAAUUCACAUUCCCGACCAUUCAGUGCCCAUUUUGCUGCAAAUUCGAUCAAAUAAGAUCAAAGGGAGAAUAAUGCAAUUUCACUG